ACAAGUUGAGUCUCUCACUCAAAAGAUUAAUUUCCUGCUCCAAUUUCUCCAAGGCUAUAACCCCCAUCGUGACUACUCCCAAGAAGCGGAUCCAUUGGAGUCUCGCAUUGCAGAUGCAGCUUAUGCGGCCGAACACGCCAUUGAAUCUCAUAUUUUCGAUGAGGUGAAAAAUGAUGGCUUGUAUGAAGCUCUCGAGAAGGUGAUAGAAGACAUGGCUUCUAUCGAAGAGGAGGCUAAGCAAAUUCAAGGGAGAGUUGGAGUCCAACAUCAGCUGCACACAAAGUCAACGCCUUUGGAUUCCUCGAGAUCUUCUUCGAUCCCUCAGCAGAAUAGCAUGGUGGGUGCUGAUGAUGUCAAGCUUCAAUUAAUGGAUAAGCUCACUUCUGAUCUCCUUCAUCUGCAAAUCAUUCCCAUUGUAGGGAUGGGCGGCUCCGGUAAGACCACUCUUGCUAGAUCUGUUUAUGAAGAACGUCUUAUUAAGGAGCAUUUUGAUAUUUGUGCGUGGGCUACCAUCUCUCAAGAAUACGUCAUUAGAGAUAUUUUUGCAGUAGUUCUUCGUCAGUUUAAUAUAGGAGUUGCUGACGAUUUGAAUGAGCAUGAAUUAGGAGAAAAAUUGUAUAAACAUCUUUAUGGUAGAAGAUACCUAAUUAUAAUGGAUGAUAUGUGGAGCAUUGAUGCUUGGGAUAGAGUUAGAAAUUAUUUUCCAAAUAACGAGAAUGGCAGCAGAAUAGUGGUGACAACAAGGCUAUCGGAUUUGGCUUCUACAUUACCCAACUCUAAUAGCCUUGGGAUGGAACUUUUGGAUGAGGCUCAUAGUUGGGAGCUUCUCUCCAAAACUGUGUUUGGGAAAGAAGGUUGCCCUCUUGAAUUGGAGGAAAUCGCAAAAAAGAUUGGAAAAAGCUGCAAAGGACUUCCAUUGUCAAUUGUUGUGGUGGGAGGCCUUUUGGCCAAAUCAAAGCAUGAAAGAAAGUUUUGGGAAUACAUAGGGGAAAACUUGAAUGCAAGUAUUAAUUUAGAGGAUGAUGAAUGUUGCUUGAAAAUAUUAUACAUGAGUUACAAGCAAUUACCAAUACAUUUGAAACCGUGUUUUCUCUAUAUGGGAGUUUUUCCCGAAGAUAAGAAGAUUAAAAUCUCAAAGCUCAUUAAAUAUUGGGUUGCAGAGGGAUUUGUGAAAUCAGUAAGUGGGAAAAGCUUGGAAGAGAUAGCAAAAGAGUAUUUAAAAGACCUUAUUGGUAGAAAUCUUGUUUUAAGGAGUACUAGAAAUCUUGAAGGAAAGAAGUGGUGCCAAAUUCAUGAUUUGUUGAGAGACUUGUGCUUGAGAGAAGCUCAAAAAGAGAGGUUUUAUAAUAGCGCAUCAGAUAAUGUAGCCAUAAGCGUCUUGCCUCCUAUGUCGCAAGCUCGUUGUUUGACGUGGAAUGUUGGACCAAAACUAUCACCUCUCAAUAUGAGCUUGUUGAGAAUAGUGAAAACAACUCGAGAUGAAUGGGACGAAGAAAAUUUAUUUGGACACCUGGAUCAAUUAGUUAACUCACGGUUCCUUUAUAUAGAUUGUCUCAGAAGAGGAGAGGGGAAUAUUCCUAGUUCAAUAUGGCGAUUUUGGAAUCUACAAACACUAAUUGUUCACGACGGCGAGGUUAUUAUUGCGCCAACUGAUUUUUGGUACAUGCCUCAAAUCAGGCAUGUUGAGGUCGAAUGGCUUCGUCUCACAGAUCCUCCCAAUGACCAAGAUGACAUUGUUUUGGGAAAUCUGCAAUGGCUGGGGACAAUAUUAGAUUUCAAGUGUAGCGAACAAGUGAUCAAAAAAAUUCCCAAUAUAAAAGAAUUGGUUUUUCGUAAUUGGGAACAGUGUCAUGAUGAUGAGAUGUAUUGUUUGAGCAAUCUCGAUUGUCUAACUAAACUUGAGUCCUUGGAUUGCUUUUUGACUGGAAAGUGUGUAAUCAACUUUCCCCAUUCGCUCAAGAGAUUAAAUCUUUGUAGCAAAGAUUAUUGUUGGGAAGACAUAUUGGAUAAGGUAGGUGAGUUGCCCCAUCUUCAGAAGCUCACACUCAACGAUGGGUGGUUCAACAAAGGGAAGUGGGAAACGACUGAAGACCAAUUUCGCAGCCUCAAAUUCUUGGCUCUUAAGGAUUGUAGUAAUCUAGAAAUCUGGGAAAUUGAAAGCUCCCACUUUCCAUGCCUUGAGCGCCUUCAUCUUUUUGGACUAAAGAAGUUGCAGGAAAUCCCUUUAGAUUUAGUAGAAAUACCCACACUUAGAGAAAUUGUUGUGCGCGGUUGCUGCGAUUCGGCAGUGGUUUCUGCAAAAAGAAUAUCAGAGGAACACGAGGACUAUUACGGGGAAGGAGCCCUUCAAGUUCGCGUUCGUCUCAGGGAGAAGAACGAUGAAGGACUGAUGAGCUUGGAUAGUCCUAACUUUCGUGUUAACCGUUUCUGAUGAGAAUCACUACUACUACUACUAAGCAUAACUGAAAAACAAGUGGGAGAUAAAGAUACUUCGGCUCACAGCCACUUUCUUCACCCAUGUCUGGCCGAGUUCGAUGCUGCAACUCUUGAAUUUUGUGCUUCAUGUUUAGCUUUUUAUGUAUUUUCCGAUGACAGUUGGUGUUGGUUUGGUUUUUGAGGUUCUUAGUUUGGGUCACUUGUUGUGACAAUAUCUUACUAUUUGAUGAUAGCUAAGUUGCUUGUCUGUUGUUC